AUGAGCGGCUACGAAGGACUCGUGCUUCUCAGAUUCACCAACUACAACGACCUUGUCAUAGAAACUAAAUUCAAAUCUCAAUUCCUACUGGCAAUCUGUAUGAACUACUAUCAUUACGGCAUGCCAGUUAUUCCCGCUACGGCUUCGGCUCACGCCGACAUAAACAGCAGCAAGUCCUGUCCCAUACCUAUCAAUAUCAAUCGCGAGACUGCAAUACCGGUGUUCUGCAAGUCUCCGUCGCCUGAGGCGGUGAUUAUCCAAACCCGUUUCCCGUCUGAGGACUAUCUUGGAGAAUGUUUAGUCGUAAGUACGCGGAAUGGAUUUGCUGCAGACCGGUUCUUGAAACCGGUCAAGCGUGUGUCCACGGCGAUUUAUGUUGCCGAUCUGGUGGAUUUGAAUGCAGCUGUUGCCGAAAAUAACCAUCCAGUCGCAGUCGCUGUGCUCUACCAGGACAUGAUGCUGGAGUUGUAUGCGUCCCCCACAGACGAGAAAACGUCAGCCCUGUACUCCGUGGAUCUCCACCCGAAAACAAGAAAGGUUCAACCUGUGGCAUUGGACUCGGGCGAAACACAGACCACCGGCGGACUGCUCUCUACCUUUACCUCCUUGUUGAAUGCCGCGACCACCACAGCCACGUCAUUCUACGCCAUCAAGUUUCGUAAGUCAACCUGCUAG